CAGGUCAGAGGCAGGCUCGUCUCGUCUUCUGCAGGGCCAGUUCCAGGCUCGUGUGGGCCGGUGGGGCUCCCUGCUCGUUUAGCUGUCUGUGAUUAGGAACGCAUAGCCCAUGAGGACAGGGUGCCCAGCCUGAACCUGCACCCAGAGUCAGCCAGUCAGCAUCUGAAGAUAACGGGUUCCACGGGGUGCCCACAAGCUCUCCAAAGUCCCAACGCCAGUCUGCCUUCACGGCUGUCUGAAGUGCUUUAUCACUGGUGAGCUCAGUGCUGUCAAGAGCUCUGUGGCCCCCGCUCCGCCUGAAUAAGGGAGGAGCGGCAGCCAGGGAGCAGCCCCGCCCUGGAGACACUGAAAGCCCUUGGGUCUGCGCCUGCCCCCACCACGAGGGAGCCGUCCCCUGAAGCCAUGAGCUUAAUGCUGGGCUGUCCCUGGAGUAAAGCUUCCGGGAGCUCAGUGCCUGCAGAGUAAGGGAAGAGUGGACGUUCUAGAACUUUCUGGAAGGGAGGAAGGAGGGCAGUCUGACUGGCUCCCUGCUCAUUUAGCUGUCUGUGGUUAGGAAAGCUGCCUGUGGGCUGAUGAGGAACCCUGUCGUGGCCCGGCCGUGGGGCACCACUGCCCAUCUCCUCCCGCCUCCAGAGAUGAGCACCCUCUGAAGAGCUUGGAGGGGCUGACGCCAGCCCGCUGUGUCUGCCUCCUCUCUACAGGCGUAAUUUCCUGCUUUUCCCCUAAGUUAGCUUGAGUGACUUCUGGUUCUUGACACUGAGGUGUGUUUCUGAUGGAAACACCACCGGCUUGUACUCCUUGCCCCCCACGCCAGGCAGGCUUUCCUGGGUGCAGGCUGUCCACCCUGUACUGUGGCAUCUGCAGGCCCUGCCUCCUCCUCCUCAGCAGCCACCCACACUGGCUUUCCCGAAAAGCCGAAGCCGCCCGGCAGGAUUCCUUAGGCCUGAAUGGUCCUGGGAGUGGGCCGGGAGCCACAGCACAGCAGCCACUUUCCACCCACACCGCGUCUUUCUCAGCCGUCCACACUGGCCCCUACAACUAAGUUUGUAUCUCAGCCUCUCUCAGAGACAGAAAAAAAGAGGAGGGACGCUAAAAGCACACGAAAAGUGGCAAAAUGGCCAUGCUUUUAAAAAAUAAUUUUAACAGCUUCAUUGAAAUGUAAUUCACAUACCACAAAAUCCACCCAUUUAAAGGGCAUAAUUCAACAGUUUUGAGUAUAUUCACAGGGUUGUGAAACCUUCUUAUGAUCUAAUUUUGGAACAUUUUUGUCUCCCCCACAAAGAAACCCCAGACCUCCUAAAUCUCUCCGCACUCUCCCUCGUCCAUGCAGCCCCCACCAACGGCAGUCAACUUUCUGUCUCCGUGGCCUUGCCUGUUCCAACUCUCCGUGGACUUACCACUCAGGGUCUUCACGCCUGGCCUCUGCCACCCAGCGUUGUUCCGGAGGCCCACCUGCUUCAUAGCGUGCGUCAGCGCCUCACUCCUUUGUGUGGCUGAGGAAUAUUCUAUCAUCUGCAUUUUGUCACCUACUUAUCGGGGGUGGACAUUUGGGUGGCUUCCACCUUUUGAGCAUUACUGAUGCUGCAGGAGACUUGGUGCACUCGCGCUGUCGUUUCCUUCGGUAUAUGCCUGGGGUGGCGCGGCUGGGCCCUGUGGAAACUGCUUCACUUUUGAGGACCCACCCGACUUUUUCACAGCACUGCAGCCUUUCACAGCCCACCGGCUGCGUGGGGGGGGCCACAAUCCCCACAUGCCCCUCGGACUUACGUUUGUCUCUCUGAUUCUAGCCAUGCUGGUGGGUUGCAGUGGGAGCUCAUUGUGGUUUUGAUUUGUGUUUUCCUGGUGACCAGUUGUAAUGAGAAAAACCGAGAAUCACAUUUAAAACCUUACCCUAAAGUGGGAGUUGCUGAGAGACCAAAGAAUGACUGGGCGGAGUCCAGAUUGGUGAGUAGCGCUGCAGAGGGGCACAGACACGGCAAGAAGACCGGUAACCCUAAAACACCGUCCUGGGAGGUCACCCACAAGGUGACGAGCCACAACCCAGGUGUGAAAGAGGCCAGGGAAGGCCCAGCGUGGUGGCCCAGGCCUGCGGUCCCAGCACUUCGGGAGGCCGAGGCAGGAGGAUCACUUGUGCCCAGGAAUUCGAGACCAGCCUGGGCAACAUAGUGCAGCGCCCGCCUCUCUGCUCCGGCCCCGCCUCCGCCCUGGAACGCAGCGCGCUCCGCCCGAGGUCUCCCGGCGGCCCAUACAGGAAUCGCGGAGCUUAGCUGACGCCACCUCGCGCCGGGUCCGCGCGGCCCACGGGACCCCCCCUGACGCCCCCGGCCCGCGGUCCACAUGGACGUGCGGGGCCCUGAAGCCCCCGGCGGGCGCGCGCUGCGGGACGCGGCAGAAAAUCUAUUUCAGGAACUUCAGGAACAUUUUCAAGCUCUGACGGCAACAUUAAACCUCAGAAUGGAAGAAAUGGGAAAUCGCAUUGAGGACUUACAGAAGAAUGUCAAUGACUUAAUGGUGCAAGCUGGCAUUGAAAAUUCUAUUAAAGAACAAAUGCUGAAGACCUAACUGCAGCAUGUCUGUAUUUGGAGAUGGGGCCUCUACAGAAGUCAUUAAGGUUACAUGCGUCCUGAGGGUGGGGCCCUCAUCCAACAGGAUUCGUCUUUCUGAGAAGAGACGCCAGGGGCUCGCCCGCUCUCCCCCCGUGCCUGCACCAGAGAAGGAGGCCAUCGGCAAGCCAAGGAGAGCCCUCCCCAGAAAUCACACGGACCGGCACCUUGACCUGGGACUUCCAGAAAACAGAACUGUGAAAAGACAAGUUCCUGUUGUUUAAACCAGCCAGUCCGAAGUAUUUUGUUAUGGCAGUCCUGGGCAGACUGAUUCAAUACGCAACACAUUUACACUAAAUAUACAAUAAACUUACAAAUGUGGAA